UUUGGUUUACUGGAUAUUCCAUAGAGGGAAUCCAAUUCAACUGUAAUUUAGAGACAGGGUUUAAUGGCGGAUUCAAUUGUGUCUCCCCUUCUCCAAUCGCUUCUCAAUAGGUUGGAUUCCAUUUGCCUUUCAAUUGGCGGCGGCCGCGGCGGCGACGAGAUCUUGACCAGGUCGCGAAGUGUUGUGGCGGCAGUCAAAGACUUAGCUACAGUGGCGGAGCAGCGGUUCGAAAUGGCGGUGGAAAUCAAACUGUGGUUGACUGAAGUCAAACGUUUAGCUUACCGAUUGAGUUAUCUGUUGGAUGACUAUGAACAGAAAAUAUGCAAGGUAAGGAAUCAAAAACUAAUGAGCUGUUGUUUUGGUUUCUUCACUAAAACUGGAGACUGGCGUCCGAUAGCGAAUGUGCUCCAGAAGUUGGCCACACUCGCCGGAGAAGGCAAUUGGCCACUGGAAAGUAAUUGGAGACCAGAUCUUUAUUUUCGAUUGAAUUCUGGAUCUGGAACUAGUUCUUUAGGUUUAGAACUUGAAAUUGUGGGCAGGGUUACGGAUAGGGAUAAGGUGAUUACUUUAUUAUUGAGCGAGGCCAAGGAGAUAUGUCGGGUGGUAUCCAUUGUAGGCGUUGGAGGAGUGGGAAAAACAACACUAGCUCGUCUGGUUUACAAUGAUGAGGCACUAGGGCGUAAUUUCAGGUUCAAAUAUUGGAUUUCUCCUGGAAAUGGUCUUCGUUUCAAUGUUGAAAGGAUUGGGGAAGCAAUUUGCUCUAAAAAAUUUACGAGCUUGGUUGACUUGAUGGAUGGUGUUAGAAGGGAACUGCUGAGGAAGAGGUUUUUGGCUGUGCUUGAUAAUUUGUGUAUUGAGGAGAUGGAUCUAUGGUUCAUGUUAAAAAACUUAUUCAAUGUGGGUUCUCCUGGAUCCACUGUUUUAAUCAUGACUCGCUCAGUUGAAGUUGCAGAUAGUUUAGGUAGCAUGCCCUUGUAUUACUUGCAGCCUUUGCAUGAUGCAGAUUGUUUGGAUAUGCUUUGGAAGGUGGCAUUGUUACCCAGGGAAGAAAAAGAGGAAAAACAGAAUAUUGAAUUGUUACAAAUUAGCAAGAUUCUUGUUGCGCAUUGUGGGGGGUUGCCUCUUGCUGUCAAGGUACUUGGUGCUUUGUUGCCCUAUAAUGGAGAAAUGGGCGAUUGGUUAUCUGCUGCUACUUUUGCUUUACUGGAGCUGCAAAAGUAUAGUUAUACCUCUAAUAUUUUGCCAGUUCUGCGCCUCAGCUAUGAUCUUUUACCAUCCAAUCUGAAACAAUGCUUCGCUUAUUGUUCAAUAUUCCCACGAGAAUAUUGGAUCAGUAAGAAAAAUUGUUGCAGUUGUGGAAAUCUGAGGGUUUUCCGCAAACAAGUGGCUCAUUUUUUGAGGACAUAGCGGAGGACUGCUUUAUGAAAUUGUUGCAGCGCUUAUUUUUUGAGGACAUUGUAAGAGAUGACUCUGGCAAUGUGUUUUGCAGAAUGCAUGAUGUAGUGUAUGAUUUUGUGUUGACUGUUAGUUUGGCUACAUGCUCAGUUGUGGGGCCUGAAAUUGUUGCUAAAGAACUUCAUCAUUGCUCCUUGGUAUUUGAAUCUGAGCCGUCAACACAACUAAGAUAUUUGUGUAAUAAAGAAGACCUGCAGACUUUGCUUUUCAUAUCGAGUAAAUUUGACAGUAUCCCCGAUACGAUAUUCUCUAGACUUAGCCACCUGCACGUGUUGGACUUUAGCCAAAGCGGCAUUUCUGAGUUGCCUGUUUCUCUUGGGGCUUUAAAACACUUGAGGUGCCUCGAUGCAUCUCGCACAUAUAUAAGAAAGAUACCAGAAACCAUCAUUAACUUGAAGUAUUUGCAGACAUUGGAACUCUCUGAGUGUUACAACCUUGAAGAGUUGCCCAAAACUGUCCCCCAGUUGACAAGUCUGGUAAAUCUCUGUGUUUCAUCAUGCUGCUCUUUGACUUAUCUUCCCUCAGGGAUUGAAAAGUUGAGGCUUCUUGAGAAGCUGCCAACAUUUGUUCUUGGAAAGCAAUCUGAUAGUGCUAAAUUAAAUGAGUUGAGUGAGCUGGACCUUAAAGAGAGACUAGAGAUUAAGAAUCUUGAAAAUGUGACUAAGGAGGCAGAAGCACAAGGCGCAGAGCUGUUUAAGAAAGUAAGCAUUCACUCAUUGGAAUUAUCUUGGGGCCACGGUGGUGUUAUGAGUGCUCAAAUGUCUGCCAAAAUACUAGAAUACCUCUACCCACCCCUGAACCUAAGGGAUUUUUGUUUAAAAGGAUACAAAGGUUCCAAGUUUCCAUCAUGGAUGAACUGGGGUCUUCGGAAUCUGUCGAGUAUUUCAUUAAUCAGUUGCAGUUGUCAAACACUUCCACCACUUGGACAGCUACCUUCCCUUAAGUUUCUCUAUUUGAAAGGGAUGUCUGAAGUGCAGUUAAUAGACCUUGAAUUUUAUGGGGAUGGAGGAUUCCCUUGCCUGGAACAGCUUGAAAUAUAUGAUAUGCCUAACUUGGAGGAAUGGAUGAGUAUAGAAGGAUCUUCUGGUCCCUUGUCACUUGAAGUUUUCCCCUGCCUUGACAAACUUGUGGUCAAAGGAUGUCAUAGGUUGACUGUGUUGCCAGUUAUACCAAAUCUUAGAAGCUUAGCUCUUUGUGACAGCAAUGAGAUGCUACUGCACUCAGUAGUCCAUCUACCAUCGCUUUCCUCUUUGGUGGUAGAAAAAUUCAAGCUCAAGUUUUUAACCUCUUACUUUAAAAACUUCUCUAUUGAGAAACUGACAUUUUACGAUUGUGAUAAUUUGGAUCAUCUAUUUGAGAAUAACCAAGCACCUUCCUCUCUUAAACAUUUGAGUAUUUUGUACUGUGAUAGACUGAUGUCAUUGUCUUUGGGCCUGAGAUCACUGACUUCCCUUCAGAGAUUUGAUGUUAUGGAGUGUGAACAACUGAGGGACAUUUCUGGUCUGGCGUCCCUUGGUUCUGUUGAGGAAUUAAGUAUCGUGAGUUGCCCAAUGUUGCAAUCGCUACCAUCAGGCAUACAUUACCUUACCAAUCUCCAAAGGCUGGUAAUCAAAGGAUGCCCUGCUUCACAAGGACGCCUGGAAAAGAAGAAUGGUUGGGACUGGUCCAAAAUUGCACAUAUCCCAUACUUAGAAAUAGAAUAGAAAGAGUUGGUUCUUGAAGAUAAGUAAAGACCAAAGAAGUCAAAUGUCAACUAUUUCUUUUGCAAAUCACCUGCAGAUCUUUCAACUCAAAGGGACUAAAUUUGAGGCAAAAGUGAAAUUAAGGGCCAAAAGCGUGAAUUUAGAGAUAAAAUGGGCCAAUGUGCGACACAAGGAAAAGUUUGUGCCAAAAGUGCAAGCAUGGAGGACACAAGGGUUGAAAUGCAAAAAGAAGAGAUUUUAUUUUAUUAAACUCUAUUUUAAUUAUAUUAGGAUAAUUAAUAUUGAGAUAAUUAUUAAGGAUUAUUUUUAGGAUUUUAUUUUAUCUUUAUAUAUCUUCAAUUAAAUGUAUUUAUCUUUUAGGAAUUUAAGUAGAAUUAGAAUAUCUCCCCUAGCACUAUAAAUAGGGGGUGAAGUGACUCAAAAGGGGAUCUCAUCUUUUUCUUUUUCUGUAAACACUUUCUCCCCAAAAGUCUAGGCUUUUGUUCUUUUCAUAUUUUCUUUCAAUAAAAUUUUUGUUUUUAUUUUAUUUA